ACAGUGAAAUCAAAUACAUUUUAUUAUAAACUUUAAAGUUAAAUGUUGUUUUUGUUAUAAUUGAAAAAGUAGCAACAGCUGAAGCAACAGUUAAUAAGUCAGUAAACGAGUCAACAAACUGGCUGGUUUGUUGUCCGUCUGUCUUUCUGGUCUUCGUCGUCGCUACGAGCUGGUUAGAUUUUCUUUAGAAGAGCAAGUUUCUGUCUUUUAAUGGUGUGUUGUUUUUGUUUAUUUUUAGUGACGUUUUAUUUUAUUCAUUGAUAAUGAAGAUGGCUAAAAUGAAAAAAAGAAGUUUACAGAAUCAUAGCUCAGUUUAAGACGAGCUAUUAAAACGCAAGAGAGUGUUAAACGACACGCGGACAAAAAAAACUUUAAAUAUUUUUUUAAUUUAGAAAUUAAAACUGGAUUUUUUUUAUUUGUAAUAAGAUUACUUUUGGAGUGAGAAAGUGUGCGCUUGGAGUGUGUAUUUCCAUCUCUUGAAUUUUAUAAAUUGUGCCAUUAAUUAUCGUUUAUUAACAAACGAUUUCAAGAGGUGAAAAAUAUAAAAGAAAAACGAAAGUGGUCUUUUUAACACUUCAUUCAAACAAUACAUAUUUACAUCCAAACAAGAAGACAACAAAUUUACAUGCUUCAACUUAAUCAUUAACAUCACCACUGCCAGAGGAGUGUAUAAAUGACUGAUUAGGAAAUUCUUUUUGCCACUUGUACAUUCGAAUUGUUAGUGUAGCUUUUGUGAAUACACUAAUGAAUUUAUUUAAAUCAAAAGAACAUUAAAUAGAGAAGAAGUGAAUGAAGAUAAAUACAUUGAAAACUUCCAAAAAUGCUGCCUCGUUUUCGUUCCUUUUAUGGUAAAAUUAUUACCUUUACACUGGUGGCCUUAGUAUUCAUUGUUUAUAUUAAAGUAUUGCAAAUCGAUGAGGAUGCUUCACUAACCUCGUCAUUUGAGAAAGCCGCUUUAAAACAAAAUCCUUUUAGCCAUAUUGAUAGUGAAAAUGAUGAUGAAAAUGUGAAUGAAAAUGAAAUACCACGACCAGUGGCUGCAUUGCAUAAACCACCAUCGGUUGAUUUCAAUUCACCCUACGAGUUGAGCGUACAGCUUGAUUUGGCCAAACAGGAAGUCGGCUUGGGUGAUAUGGGCGAUGCAGCUUAUUUGGAGGGCGCUGCAAAAAAACGCGGUGAAGAAAUCUACAAGAAAAUUGCUCUUAAUGAAGAGUUGAGUGAACAUUUAUCGUAUAAUCGUACCCUAGACGAUUUUCGCCAUCCUCUGUGUGCCAAGCAACAUUUUGAUGUAGACACCCUGCCGACAACAAGUGUCAUUGUGAUUUUCUACAAUGAACCCUACUCGGUAUUACUGCGUACAGUGCAUAGUACGUUGAAUACAUGUGUGGGACGAUUGUUGAAGCAAAUCAUUCUGGUAGAUGAUGGAAGCACCAACGAUGAACUGGGAGAGAAAUUAGACUACUACAUUCGUACACGUAUACCAUCGGGAAAAGUCUCAGUUGUACGUUUAAAAAAUCGGUUGGGCUUAAUACGAGCCCGUUUGGCAGGAGCACGUGUAGCCACUGGUGACGUCUUAAUAUUUUUAGAUGCUCAUUGUGAGGCAAAUAUUGGCUGGUGUGAACCACUGCUGCAACGCAUUAAGGAAUCUCGCACAAGUGUUUUAGUUCCCAUUAUUGAUGUCAUUGAUGCUCAGGACUUUAAAUAUAAUACAAAUGGCUAUAAAUCAUUUCAAGUGGGUGGCUUUCAAUGGUCUGGUCACUUUGAUUGGAUCACUGUCUCAAAUCGCGAGCGUAAAAGGCAGCAACGAGAUUGCAAAGAGGAUGAUUUAGAUGUUUGUCCCACAUACAGUCCUACCAUGGCUGGUGGCCUAUUUGCCAUAGAUCGUAGUUAUUUCUGGGAAGUUGGUAGCUAUGAUGAACAGAUGGACGGCUGGGGUGGUGAAAAUUUAGAAAUGUCCUUUAGAAUCUGGCAAUGUGGUGGUACAAUUGAGACUAUACCCUGUUCCAGAGUUGGUCAUAUAUUCCGUGAUUUUCAUCCUUAUAAGUUCCCUAACAAUCGUGAUACUCAUGGCAUCAACACUGCUCGUAUGGCUUUAGUUUGGAUGGAUGAUUAUAUCAAUAUCUUCUUUUUAAAUCGUCCUGAUUUGAAAUUCCAUCCUGAUAUUGGUGAUGUUACCCACCGAGUUAUGUUACGCAAGAAAUUACGUUGCAAAAGUUUUGAUUGGUAUUUGGAAAAUAUCUAUCCGGAAAAAUUUGUACCCACCAAAGAUGUUAAAGCUUAUGGAAAAGUACGUUCGCUAAAUUCCAAUUUAUGCUUGGACGAUCUACAACAAAAUAAUGAAAAACCCUACAAUUUAGGAGUUUACUCGUGUAGUAAGGAGAUUGCCAAAACACAAUUCUUCUCCUUUACCAACAACAACGUUCUACGUAACGAAUUAAGCUGUGCCAAUGUACAGCACAGUGAUUCACCGCCAUAUUUAAUUGUAAUGACGACUUGUUUCGAAAACGACGAUCUAAAUGAAAAAUGGCAAUACUCAAAUAAUCGCCUAAGACAUCUUAACACUGGCAUGUGUCUGGACCAUCGGGGAUUGCAUCAAGGCGAUUAUAUACAAGUAUCAGUCUGUGAUCCUUAUAGUAAAACACAAAGUUGGAUAAUUGACCAUCGUGAUGAGAACAUAUUGCCACAGUUAUAAAAAUUAUUCCCCAUUUAGGAGUCCUAACAACGAGACGAAAACUUUUGUCAAUUUUAAGAAAAAAACAAAAAUAGAAACAGAAACAAAAAUAUUGUAUAUAAUGAAAUAUUUGUAUCCUUAGCUUAUAUUAAUCCUGCCCUCAUUUUUGUGUAUAAGAUGGAAAAACUGAUUUAGUCAUUAUACAUAUAAAAAAUGUAAUUUUAAAUUAAUUAAUUUUACAGCAUAACUUUGAUAAUUUUGUAUAAUCAAACAGAAAAACAUAAAAAAUAUUAUUUACUUUUUAACAGAGAGUAUAGACGAAUUAUUUGAACUGAACUUUUUUUCCUUAAACAUUUGACAUACUACUUAAAAAAGAAAUAAAAAUUUGAGAUUAAACUUUUUUAUAAAAAUUGUGUAUGAACUACAUAUUUUACAAGAUUACAUCGAAUGAUGUAUAUAUACAAAUAGGAUGACUUCUAAUGUAAAAAAUAUAUUUAUAAAACAAUCUAAUCUAUUUUUUAUUUAAGGACUAUUCAAAUAUUAAUUUAAACAAAAAUACCAUGACUAGUUAAAAUUUCACUCACACUAAAAACUACUGAUAUUUUUUUUUAAAAUCAUAAUCUAAAAUAUCAAAGGAAUUCCUAUUUUAUAAAAAAAAAACAUAAAACAAACGAAAUAUAAUGUAAAUAUACAAAAUUACUACUGCAAUACUUAAUUCUUGAUAUCAAAAACGCUUUAAAAGCAUUCCAUACACACCACUAAAAAUUAUAAAAACAAAAAAGUCAAAACAAUAUCAAACAAAUUAUAUAAAAAUAAAUGCAAGACAUAAAAAGCUUCCUAUAGUUAAUAUAUACAAACAUAUAUAUAGUUAUAAACAAUUUACAUUGCAAAUACAAGGUCAUACAUAUUAAUCACAAAAAUAUGAAAAAAACUACAUACAAAUAUAAAAAUAUUUUUAUAUUCUUGGUUGUACAAAUACAAAAUUUAUAAAAAAAAAAUAAUAGUAAUAAAUAAAUGAAAUAAUAAAGGAAUAUAUUUUAAUAAUA